AUGCUACAACAAGCUGUAUACUACCACCUCGACAACAACUCGCUCGAUAAUGCUCUCUUCUUCGCUGAGAGGUUAGGCGCCCAGGAUAAGACCGCUGAGGCUACCUUCCUCUUGGCCCUUUGCCACUUUCGCUUGGGUGACGAUCGGACGGCAUACCAUUUCAGCAAGGCUGCCGGCUACAGAGGGAUUCAUCUCGGCUGUUCGUAUGUCUUCGCGCAAGCAUGCCUGCGGUUGGAGUUGUGGAAGGAUGGGAUCGCCGCCCUGGAAAAGUCAAGAGGGCUCUGGUCGCCUAGAAACAAUAUGGGCAAACAUACGGCGGGGCUGAGAAUGCCACACCCGGACUCGGCGGCGUGCAGCUGUCUGCUGGGAAAGUUGUAUCGUGGCUAUGACGACAAGACGAGGGCUGUUGCCUGCUUCGAGGAGUCGUUGAAGGUGAACCCACUGAUGUGGGACGCCUUCACUACGUUAUGCGAUAUGGGUGUCACAGUCCGAGUCCCAAACAUCUUCAAGAGCAACGACAUGCUCAUAAAAAACUUUGAUCAGGUGGCGAACAGCCCUGCUCAUGACCACAAGGAGCCAUCCUCGAACGCCCUCGAACCCCUCCACGUGCCCAAGAAAUCCUCUCGAUCGGCUGCCCAGGACCCUGCAGAUCCUUUUGACUCAUCACGCACGACGGGAUCAAAUGAUAUCGUCUCCUUCAGCAACCUGCAGGAUGAUGGGAACGAUUUCAUGUCCAAGAUCGUUGCUGCCAGGUCGCGGAAUGGCAAUGCCACAGGCCCAUCACCGAAUUUAGAGGGGGUCAUGGAGACACCCACAGGUUAUGCCGUCGGUGCUGAGGCCCAGGCACCACGCGUGGUGACGGGUCCUGAGCCGCCUCAUGCGCCAAUGCGGAGGACAAGACCAUUACAGACUGCUGAUCAAGAGGCACCGCCUCGGGUGGCCUAUAAGCUGCAAUCCAAGAGGAGAGCUCAGGUGCAGGACGCCGCAGAGGCGCCGUCUGAUCCGGCACCAUCACUCCUCAAGUCCUCAUCCAUCACGGAGCGAAAGCGGACUGUAUCUGGGCAACCAGUACAUUCGAGGCCAAUGCACACGGAUGAGCCGGGAGCCCCCCAGCGCAGGAGUGCGCGGUUGAACGUGUUCAACAAGUCCACCACGAAGACGAACUCUGGCGCGUCUACUGUCGGUGUGACUGCUGGGCGAGAACUGAAGAGGGCUAGAGCGCCAAUAUCAAAUCGCUUCGUCAGAUCGAACGCAAGUGUCGGUCGUGUGGUUAGUGGCAACAGACGUGGUACCGAGGAUGUGGCGAACAUGGAUGUCGACCGUCAAGAGGGCCCGACGGCCAAGGCGCCCGUGGCGGCGCAGCGCAUGCCGCAGAAACCGCCAGACCCAGAGCCUGUCGGGACCGAGGAGGCGCUAAAGCUGAUUCUGGAUCUGUUGAGGCGGUAUGGCUACGGGUACCAACAGCUCUCGCAGUUCGACUGCCAGGAUGCGCUCCAGUCCUUCAGCACGCUUCCUCGGCAGCAUCAAGACACCCCGUGGGUGCUGGCGCACAUGGGCCGGGCUCAGUACGAACAGGCGGCAUAUCCAGAGGCCGAGAGAUACUUUCGACGUCUGAGGAUCAUGUCCCCUACCCGCAUGCAGGACAUGGAGGUGUACUCAACCAUCCUCUGGCACCUCAAGCGAGAGACGGACCUGUCGUUCUUGGCGCAUGAGCUCAUCGACUCUGCAUGGUUGUCACCCGAGGCGUGGUGUGCACUCGGAAAUGCAUGGUCCCUGGCGAAGGACCACGAGCAGGCCCUGCGGUGUUUCAAACGGGCGACGCAGCUUGCUCCCAAAUUUGCGUACGCUUAUACGCUUCAGGGCCAUGAGCACAUGGCUAAUGAAGAAUACGACAAGGCCCUCACUACUUUCAGGCUGUCGAUCUUGGCAGACCGGCGCCACUACAAUGCCUGGUACGGCAUCGGUAUGGUGUAUGAAAAGCUCGGAAACUAUGACAAGGCCUAUAUCCACUUCCAGGCUGCCUCCCAGAUUCACCCUACCAAUGCUGUCCUCAUAUGCUGUAUCGGCACUGUUCUGGAAAAGCAGAAGCAAAUCAAGCAAGCCUUGGCCUUCUUUAGCAAAGCAACCGAGUUGGCUCCCCGUGCUGCUCAGGCCAGAUUUCGGAAGGCGCGUGCUCUCCUGGCUAUUGGGCAUCUCCCCAAGGCUCAGAAUGAGCUCCUCAUCCUGAAAAGUUUAGCCCCAGACGAUGCCCGUGUGCACUUCCUGCUUGGUAAACUAUACAAGGCGCAGAACGACAAAAGUCAGGCCGUACGGCAUUUCACUCAGGCUCUGAGUCUUGAUCCCAAGGCGAGCCAGCAGAUCAAGGAGGCGAUUGAGAGUCUGGAGGACGAUGAUGGGCUCGACGACUCGAUGGUACAGUAA